AUGGGAUCCGGCAAGAAAGAAGCGGCCCGCCGGGAACGGCAGGGCAAGACCGGCGACGGCAUGGGCAACGUCAAGGUCAAGGGCGAGAACUUCUACCGCAGCGCCAAAAAGAUCAAGACGCUCAAUAUGUUCAAAGAUGGAAAGGCCCAGCACAAUGCUGCAGGAAAGGUCACCAAAGCAGCCUCAUAUCAGUCAAGAGAAGUCCCCAAAGCGCGCGUCGAGCCCAACCGCAAAUGGUUUGGAAACACCCGGGUCAUUUCUCAAGGCGCACUCGACUCUUUUCGACAAGCUGUGGCCGAACGAGAGCAAGACCCCUACCAGGUCCUCCUCAAGACGAACAAGCUCCCCAUGAGUCUCAUCCGAGACGCCGAGAACACAAAGAAUGGCAUCAAGCAGCACAAAGCCAAGAUCGCGGUCGAGCAGUCGCCCUUCGCAGACACAUUCGGCCCCAAGUCACAGCGAAAGCGGGUCAAGCUCAGUGCGAGCGAUGUCACUGCACUGGCCGACGAGACUGUCAAGAUGGAGGACAACUACCUCGAACGCCUCGAAGAGAGCCGCUACUUAGCUGGCCAGACGGCUGAACAGAUGCAGGCAGACGGCGAGCUGACCACCGCGAGAGAGCCGAUCUUCUCAAAAGGCCAGUCGAAGCGCAUCUGGAACGAGUUGUACAAGGUCAUCGACUCGUCUGACGUCGUCAUCCACGUUCUCGACGCACGAGACCCCGAAGGCACACGCUGUCGAAGCGUUGAGAAGUACAUCAAGGAAGAGGCGCCACACAAACACCUGGUUUUCGUGCUGAACAAGUGCGAUCUGGUGCCGACUACGAUUGCUGCUCAAUGGGUCCGUCUGUUGUCGAAGGACUAUCCCACUCUGGCCUUCCACGCCUCACUCACCAACUCCUUCGGCAAAGGAUCACUCAUUACGCUACUCCGCCAAUUCUCCGUCCUACAUUCGAACCGCAAGCAAAUCCAAGUCGGCUUCAUUGGCUACCCAAAUACCGGCAAGUCAUCGAUCAUCAACACUCUGCGCAAGAAACGAGUCUGCACAGUCGCACCAAUACCAGGCGAAACCAAAGUCUGGCAGUACAUCACUCUGAUGAAACGAAUCUAUCUCAUUGACUGUCCCGGUGUGGUACCGCCAGGUCAAGGAGACACCGAGCAAGACAUCCUUCUGCGCGGGGUAGUCCGUGUUGAGAACGUUGAGCAUCCGGCCCAGUAUGUCGAAGCUGUACUACGGCGAACGCAGACGAAGCACAUUGAACGAACUUAUGACUUGAAGCAUUCCGAAUAUAAUGACGACCCAAUCGAAUUUCUCAGCAUUCUGGCACGCAAAGGAGGACGUCUGUUGAAAGGCGGUGAGCCUGAUGUUGACGGCGUGGCCAAAAUGGUCUUAAAUGACUUUCUGCGGGGCAAGAUACCCUGGUUCACGCCUCCGCCAAAGAAAGAUGGUCAAGCAGCCGUGGCCGCGGAAGAAGGUGCCACCGGUCCUGCUUUAGAGGGCGAUGUCGUUUCCGGGAGGAAAGGGCAACUUGGUGAGAUGGGUACCAAAGCCAAAGUCGACAGCGGAACGUCGAUCACGGAAGAGACGGAUCGUGCACCGUCAGAGGCGUCUGUCAGCUCGGACGGCGGCUUGGAGAACGACUUCGAGGCUUUCUCUGAUGAAAGUGACGAGCCUUCUGAUGACGGCAGUGAAGAUGAUGGAGCCGACGGUGCUCCCUUGGACUCAUAG